GUAUAUUGGGAAACCUGAUCAAAGACAAGAUGGGCGCAAUCUUAGCUUUAAUUUUGUAAUUAAAUUGUUUAUGUUAUGACUUUAAGAUACACUAUUUAAUUGAUUUUUGCGAAAUAAUAUUGAAAUGGAUGCUGUUGGUACAACACCGUUAGGUGAUAGUGGGCUAGAAAAACAAGGAAGUUGCCUGCUGCUGCGUUAUGCGAGUCAGAAUUCCCUGGACGAGAGUUCGCAGAAGCACGUGCCUCGACCGGGCACAAGGGAGAAGCCCCCGUAUCGCAACCAUCACCACACACACCGAGCGUUUGACGUCAUGAAUGUCAUGCGGAAGCAGCACCUGCUGUGCGACGUGACGCUGGUCGCCGACUGCGCCGAGGUGCCCGCCCACAAGAUGGUGCUGGCGGCAUGCAGCCCCUACUUCUACGCCAUGUUCACGAGCUUCGAGGAGAGCCGGCAGGACCGCAUCACGCUGCAGGGCGUCGACCCGCAGGCGCUGCAGCUGCUGGUGGAGUACGUGUACUCCUCGGAGGUGCACGUCACCGAGGAGAACGUCCAGGUGCUGCUGCCCGCAGCCAACCUGCUGCAGCUGACGGACGUGCGGGACGCCUGUUGCGACUUCCUGCAGGCCCAGCUGCACCCGACCAACUGCCUCGGCAUCCGGGCGUUCGCAGACCUGCACGGCUGCAUCGAGCUGCUGACUCAUGCCGAGACCUACAUUGAGCAGCACUUCCCUGAAGUCGUGGAGUGUGAGGAGUUCCUAACGUUAUCCCACCAUCAGGUUUCCAGGCUAAUUUGCAGCGAUCGGCUCACAGUACCAUCAGAAGAGAAGGUGUUUGAGUGCGUGAUCGCGUGGGUGCACCACGACCUGGAGGCGAGGCAGGGCCAGCUGGCGGGCCUCAUGGAGCACGUGAGGCUGCCGCUGCUGUCGCAGGAGUACCUCGUGCAGCGCGUCGAGGAGGAGCCCUUGCUCAAGGCCAACCUGCAGUGCAAGGACUUUCUCAUUGAGGCACUCAAGUACCAUCUGUUGAAAGGGGAACAGAAAAUACUUUUCAAAACUCCCAGGACGAAACCUAGGCAGCCAGUUGGCUUGCCGAAGGUGCUUUUAGUAGUAGGGGGUCAAGCACCAAAAGCAAUUCGCAGCGUAGAGUGUUAUGACUUCAAGGAAGAGCGCUGGUUCCAAGUUGCUGAGAUGCCCACAAGACGUUGCAGGGCGGGGCUGUCCAUGAUCGGCGGGCGCGUGUACGCGGUGGGGGGCUUCAACGGCUCUCUGCGCGUGCGCACGGUGGACAUGUACGACCCGGGCACGGACCAGUGGUCGUCGUGCGCGAGCAUGGAGGCCCGCAGGUCCACGCUGGGCGUGGCCGUGCUGGGGAACUGCAUCUACGCCGUGGGGGGUUUUGACGGGUCGACAGGUUUGAACUCGGCCGAGAUGUAUGAUCCCCGCACCCACGAGUGGCGCAUGAUAGCACCAAUGUCCACGAGGAGAAGUAGCGUAGGGGUUGGUGUGGUCAACGGCCUAUUGUACGCGGUCGGGGGCUACGAUGGGGCUUCCAGACAGUGCUUGAGCUCGGUGGAAUGCUACAACCCGGACACAGAUACUUGGAGCCCCGUGUCGGAGAUGUCUGCCAGGCGUAGUGGUGCAGGAGUUGGUGUUCUGGAAGGAAUUUUGUAUGCUGUGGGGGGCCAUGACGGUCCACUCGUCCGGAAAAGCGUGGAGUCGUAUAAUCCAGACACAAAAACUUGGACCCCAGUUGCGGACAUGGCCUUCUGUCGGAGAAACGCAGGCGUGGUGGCCCUGAACAGCGUGCUGUACGUUGUCGGCGGGGACGACGGCUCGUCCAACCUGGCCUCGGUCGAGGUGUACAGCCCCAAGACCGAUUCGUGGGCCGUGCUGCCCUCGUCGAUGGGCAUCGGCCGCAGCUACGCGGGCGUCUGCGUCAUCGACAGGCCCACGUGAAGCAGGGCCCCGUGCCGACGCCGCCGCGUCGUCCUGCUCCGGGGAGGGUUCUUCCUGCUGUCGUGCUGGCGUCACUGAUCGUCCCAUCCACCCAGUCACGUAGUUCCUUUACCACCCCCCUGUAGGCUGCGCAAGCCAUGUCGUCGUUUUUUAUUUAUUUCCGAAUCAACAUAAAACGUGCCAAUGAAUCUAAUUUUUAUGCAAUUCAUAGCCUUCAGUCUUGCUAAUGAGAAGCGGAAAGAAAUAUUGUGUUUGAUACUGAAAAGUGUAGGAUGUGUUGGUUAUAAAGUCAUGAUGUUGAAAAA